UCCCGAGCUGAUUCCCGAUUCCUGAUUUCUUGAUCCUUGGUCCCGCCAUGGGAGCCUGAGCGACCCCUAUUCCCCCCUGGCCCCCUGCCCCCGGGGCCUUGAGGGGGAAGAGGCAGCGGUCUCAGACGAAGCCCGGGGUGACCAGACUCUAGCCCUUCUCAGCACCCCCAUCGCCCGCGCUGUUGGUCCGGGAGCGCAGAGUUCGGAGUGCCCCGGAGCGCUGCGGAUACAAAGGCGCCGGGCCGAGCCGGGCGUCAGCCGAGCCCACCCGGCGGUUCGCAGCGGCGGGAGCGUCGCUUGAUUUUCUCUGAGAUAAGCCCACCCUUCCAGCAAGAUAGAGUCCCUCAGGGUGACAGUUGAUUUCCUGAAGGUGCCUCUUGGCCUGAAGAAGCCAGUGCUGAAGGAGGUGGCUGUGGGGCCCCCCAAGAGGCCCCAGCCUGCGGCCCUGGAGCGCUACAAGGCGCGGCGUUCAGACGCCAUGGACACCGAGUCCCAGUACUCGGGCUAUUCCUACAAGUCGGGCCACUCCCGCAGCUCCCGCAAGCACAGGGAUCGCCGGGACCGACACCGUUCUAAGAGCCGAGAUGGGAGCCGUGGGGACAAGUCGGUGACAAUCCAGGCUCCAGGGGAGCCCUUGCUGGACAAUGAGUCCACACGAGGGGAUGAGCGGGACGACAACUGGGGGGAAACGACGACGGUAGUGACUGGCACCUCAGAGCACAGCAUCUCCCACGAUGACCUCACACGCAUCGCCAAGGACAUGGAGGACAGCGUCCCGCUGGACUGCUCGCGUCACCUGGGCGUGGCAGCGGGGGCCACUCUGGCGCUGCUGUCUUUCCUUACGCCACUGGCCUUCCUGCUGCUGCCCCAUUUGCUGUGGCGGGAGGAGCUGGAGCCGUGCGGGACGGCCUGCGAGGGCCUCUUCAUCUCCGUGGCCUUCAAGCUGCUCAUCCUGCUGCUGGGCAGCUGGGCCCUGUUCUUCCGCCGGCCCAAGGCCUCACUGCCCCGCGUCUUUGUGCUGCGCGCGCUGCUCAUGGUGCUGGUCUUCCUGCUGGUGGUCUCCUACUGGCUCUUCUACGGCGUGCGCAUCCUGGACGCCCGCGAGCGGAGCUACCAGGGCGUGGUGCAGUUCGCCGUAUCGCUGGUGGACGCCCUCCUCUUCGUGCACUAUCUGGCCGUGGUCCUGCUGGAGCUGCGCCAGCUCCAGCCUCAGUUCACGCUCAAGGUCGUGCGCUCCACCGACGGGGCCAGCCGCUUCUACAACGUGGGCCAUCUCAGCAUCCAGCGCGUGGCAGUGUGGAUCCUGGAGAAGUAUUACCAUGACUUCCCUGUCUACAACCCUGCCCUCCUCAACCUGCCCAAGUCCGUCCUGGCCAAGAAAGUGUCUGGCUUCAAGGUGUACUCCCUCGGAGAGGAAAACAGCACCAACAACUCCACGGGCCAGUCACGGGCUGUGAUUGCUGCGGCAGCCCGGAGGCGGGACAACAGUCACAAUGAGUACUACUACGAGGAGGCUGAGCACGAGCGGAGGGUGCGAAAGAGGAGGGCCAGGCUCGUGGUGGCAGUGGAGGAGGCCUUCACUCACAUUAAGCGGCUGCAGGAAGAGGAGCAGAAGAAUCCCAGAGAGGUGAUGGACCCCCGGGAGGCUGCCCAGGCCAUCUUCGCAUCCAUGGCCCGUGCCAUGCAGAAGUAUCUUCGGACCACGAAGCAGCAGCCUUACCACACCAUGGAGAGCAUCUUGCAACACCUUGAAUUCUGCAUCACGCAUGACAUGACACCCAAGGCUUUCCUGGAGCGUUACCUGGCAGCUGGACCCACCAUUCAGUAUCACAAGGAACGCUGGCUGGCUAAACAGUGGACACUGGUGAGCGAGGAACCAGUGACCAAUGGGCUCAAGGAUGGCAUCGUUUUCCUCUUAAAACGCCAGGACUUCAGCCUGGUGGUCAGCACCAAGAAGGUCCCAUUCUUCAAACUCUCCGAGGAAUUUGUGGAUCCCAAGUCUCACAAGUUUGUCAUGAGGCUGCAGUCUGAGACCUCAGUGUGACUGUGCAACAGCAGGGGGAGUGGGAGACCCUGGGGGCUCCCAAGGGAGCAGGAGGGGCACAGUUCUCAGGCCCAGCCGCAUUCCUGCCACUCUUCUUCCUCCUGCUCUUGGGUUUUGUUUUUUUUUUACUUGAAUUAACUUACUCCUACCCUCACCCUGUCUCCUCCCUCUUACUGUUUUACCCCAAGUGAACCUGGAGAGACCAUCCUGCUGUGAACAGUACCUGGGAACCUCCUGCCCGCCCACCCCUCCCCCCCAAUUUCUGUGUCAUUCUGGGCCCUGCAAGGAUCAGUCCUGUCUCCCUUUCCUUCCACUUGCCUCUUCCGGAUGGCAGUCUUUUCUGGAAGGGCACAGGGACCCGCUGCUUAUAUCUCCCCCCAUGGGCACCCAUUCACAAACCCAAGUUCUUGUAGCAGGUCUCUCCCAGGCCCCCAACAGGGUUUCUCUGGGGGCACAGAUGUGACUCCAGAUAGCACAGUGCCAAACCCCUCCAGGGCAGCAGUUGCCGCCCUGCCUCUCCCCACAACAGAACAAAUCCUGAGUUCUGGGGCAAGGAUACUCCUGCUGUGUGGCUGAGUUAGGAAUCUCUUCUGAUUCCUAACUGAUUCAAACAACUCCUUGCCAGGGUUGUUUGCUUCCAGCUGGUAGAGCCUCCCUCCCCCAGCCACACAUAUUUAGAGCAAGGGAAGAUCCUGUCCUUUUUCCAGAAGUCUCCACCUUCCUUCUGAGUUGCAGGGUCACAUGAUCAUAGGAAGAUUGAGGUGGAAAGAUUCAUAACCACCGUUCCUGGGCCUUAGGGGAAGGUACCUUUCUUCCAAUGUGUCUUUCUGAGGCAGCCCCUGAAGGAAAGGGCAGAAUAAAUCACUGAGGUUUUGGAAAGACUCGUCACUGAUCCCUGCCCUCUGACCUACCCACCCCUUUGUUCCUGCCCUCCCCAGUGAAGGAUGGCAUGCAGACUCCCGUGCAGACUUAGUGGCUUGUAGACCCUGACCCAGCCCCUGUGCUCUUAGAUAAGUGUUUUCAUCCUUCACCAGCCACCCCGUCACGCUGUUUUCUCUUGACUCCAGAGACCUGUUGCCUCAUCUCUUGGGGAAGAGCCAGCAGCUCCUCCUCACCCCCUGCCUUAAGUCCAGUUCUUUGCCUCAGGGGUCUCUUUUCCUUGGCCUUCCAGUGUCCCCUCCCCUUCUCUCCCUGCCUGAUUCUCUGCUCUGGGCUCCCUCUGUGUUCGGGUGAGUGACCAGGAUAACUGCCUUUUGUGGGUACUUAGCCUCUCACUCUAUUUGAGCUUCCAUAGUCUUUGCAUCAGAUUUAAAAUCUUGAUAAUUUAGAUCUCAUUUUCAGCAAAAUUUUCUGGCCCUGUAAUACAUUUCAGUGUAAAUCUGAGCUUUUAAAUCGGACACCUUUAAAUUAUGUCAUUUUUCCCAAGGAGGCUAGAAAUAGGAAGCACAUGCCCUAGGCCAGUCCUCUAAAUAACUUGGUGUCCUUUAUUGGCCUUUUUUCCCCCUGGAAAACUCAAUGGUACUUGCCUUGCAGAGCAGAGCACAUCCUGGGAUAAGGUUCCAUGCUCUCCGCCUGGGAAACCUCUUCUCUGUGUAGUGGCAGCCCUUUCUUCUGCUGUCCUUUCAGAAAAGGCACAACAGUCUACCCCCUCCUCCCCCAUUUGCUAGAGAGAGACUCAUCAGCCAGUGCUCACUCUGGGGACAAGCUGGGGGUUUUGGGAUAAGCUUAUGUGAAAUACGUCCUGUCCUGGGAGCCUGGGAAGGUAUCUUUUCUUCUCUUCAAAAACCUGGUUUCAGAGGAGUCCCUUCUGGGUCACAUAAAUACCUCACUAUCUUGGAUGGUGAUUGGGUCAUUGCCUUUGGGGGCAGGAUGGGGUGUGGUGGUGUGGUGUGAGGAGCAGGUUGGGGUGGGGAGAGGGAAAGUAUUUGGGAUCUCAGUUGCUACCCUAGAUGAGGGGCUGGGGGAAUGUUUAUUUUAAGAACCUGCCAUGUUUUUAAUCACUGUGAUUUUUUCAUUAUCUUUCCCUAAAAAGAAAAAGAAUCUCCCUCCUCCCCCAACUCUCUAAGCACUAAGCAUUCUCUGUGACUGAGAAUGAUAGCAUUUUGGUCCUUUGCAUCAGAACUGUGGUAUCUUUGUCUUUGAUUAUUAUUAUUAUUUUUGUUUUUGAAACGUCAGGAUGGAUUGCCAAACGUAUGGCUGUGUGUCUGCCUUUGCUUCUCCUCCAUGGGAAGUUGUCUCCAUGCUGUGAACUGCUGUGGGCCUGCCGCUGACUCGGUUGCUCCGAGCAGUUUCCCCAUUCUGCCUGCCCUCCCAUGCGGGAUCUGCCCAUUCUCCGGCUGCGGGGUGUGCCCACCAGUUGGCCCCCCCACCCCAUCACCACAGGGGUACCGUGGCUGGACCUCUCCAGUGCUCUUUUCUGUCACUCAUGGCCUCCUAGCUCAUGCCUGCUGUGCCUACUAGGCUUCCCUUUUCAUCACCUCAAAUGCUUGCCCUCCUUCCCACCACAUCAGGACACUGUGCCUCAGUCCUUCACCUACCUCGCCACUUUGCCGCUAUCCCCACUGGUCUCUUUCUCCUAACUGAGUCUUUGUGCUCUCUCUGUUUAUUCUUAUUUCCCUCUAGUCUCUCACUUUUUCUUCCCAUCCCACUCCAUUUUCGGCCCUUAAUCUUUCACUUCCCCAACCUGCUCAGUAUUCUCCUUGCAACCCUGAUGCACCUGUGAUGAGAGAGCGGAGUCCCUGGAACGUCUCAUCUGCAACAUCUGUUUCCCAGGGUUUGCUCUUCUCUCUGCCUCCGUUAGGCCCAGACAAGCCCUGUUGUCCCUUUGUGGUGUCUGUCUGUCUUCUCUUUCCUCUGCCCUUCCCAUGGGCAGAAUCUGCUGAUGGACUCAGUUCUGGUGUGUGAUUGUCGUGACUUGUUCUGUGCGCAAAAGGAAGAGGGCUUUAUGGGUCCUUUCCAAGUGAGAUUGUAAAUGUAGACUCUUCCACCGUUGGAUCUAGAUUUUUUUUUCUUUUUUGGGGGGGUUACAGAGCUGAGACCUUGUGCAUGCCUGUAGAAAAUUGUAAAAUGUAAAUUUUUUUUAAUAUAUAAAAAGCUUGUUUUUACAGUUUGCAGUGGAUCUAAACAUUAUGGCAAUUUUAGGCAUUUUUUUCUUAAACAUAGGAACUAAAACUGUACAAAUUUUUUUUAUAUAAAAUAAAGACAUUUGACUUUU